AACUUGCCCCCACUUUGAGCUACCUCCAGGACAGCCAUAGAAAAAGAAGUUGGUCUACUCUAUAGGAUGUCCAGUGAAAUUGGAGAAGAUACCCUGGUGAAGGAGUCUGCUUCUUCUGACAGGGAGCUCAUUGAACACAGUGAGAUGGAAGACAUCAACUUGCACACAGUGGAAUCUAUUAGUGAUCUGCACUAUGCCUCUAUCAGAAGUGAAGACACCAAGGCUUCUGAAGGAAACAGCCUGUCACAGGCCACUACUCCAGGACCUCCGCAUACGGCUUCCUUCAAGCAUUUCUCUUUCCCAAAUGAAGAUAACUCAGCCUUUUCCCCAGCCCAGAAUUUCCACCUUCUCCCCGCUUUAACCUGCUGUCCUUGCUUCAGACCUGCUUGUUGCCCCACUGCCUUCUUUGCUCUCCUCGGAGUGCUUGUUGUGACCAGUCUUGGCUUAGCAACACUGGCUGUGUAUCUGAGUGUCUUACAGCGGGAGUCGCUCCGUAAUCUUGCCCAGUGGCUGGAGUCCCAAGAGGAGACCAUCCGGCAAAUGAGAGCUGUGAGCUUACAGCUUUGGAGACAGCUAAAUGCCAGUGAGGUUGAGGUCCAGACCUGACCUGAGCCAGAGAAUCCCAUCCUCUCUUUUGGAGAGGCUCAGCUCCAGAGCUGUGGAAGAGUGGAAGCCAACUCAUUGCUUCGCCAGUUCUAAGUGGAGCACAAUGGCUUGGUUGCUCUGAUCUCUAAACCCAAAAGGAGUCCUAGAGAAGCACUGAAGGGUCUUCCAGCUGUUGCAAUCUGUAGGACAAACACAGAUUGUCCAGGGAGGAAACUGUGAGGCAGAUGCCUGACCAAGAAUCCUAUUAAGCAGGCUUCCAGCAGCAUCACACAUGCUUUGUUUCCCAUUGAUUGUAGUAUUUUAAGAGCUACUAUGAGCACCUUUUUCAAAAUGCACUGCUCAAUUUGAUAUGCAUUUUUUAAAAAAAACGUUGCACAUGGGAGUGUGUUUCAAGAAUUAUAAUAAAAAUACCCUAAGCUUCUUUGAUCUUCAGGUUUUGCUGAAAAGGAGGCUCUAUCUAUAGAAAAGACAUCAUCAGUAUGUAAAGAACAAGAUUUGCGGCAUAGAAUCCAGUUAUUAUCCUGGGUUAAUAAAAGAAA